GCUGGUAGUAAUAGGAGAAGAGUUCUUGAAAACCAUGAUGAGGCACUAAAGGCACUGAAUCGUAGAAUAAUCAUUUCUACACGGCAAUGAGGCUUCUUUUGCUCUCGGUUAUCGCAACCAGUGUCACGUGCGACCUCAUCAGAUUGGACGAUUUAUGGUUGUCGACAUCAACAUUCCAACGUGAACACGGAUACGCCUUAAUUGGUCACGUMAUCCAAACCUUAGACGUUUAUAUUGCUGAAUGCAUAGAGGCUUGCCAAAAAGCAUUGAAAUGCUUCUCUUAUAAUUACRUCGGCUUCCAUAAUGGCUCAUUCUUGUGUGAGUUGAAUCAGUCUAACAAGAAGAAAAGUCCAAAUUCGUUCAUUCCGAUUCAAAGCUAUGAAUAUGGUGAACCAUCGAAUCCUGAAUUUUGUUCAGAAAAUACGUGCAUUGGAAAAGAUGCUCUACAGGAUGGUUGGUACAGAAUAGGCCCAUCUUUACUGAAGCUGUUUUAUAUGAAGAAAAACUGGCACGAUGCUCGAAGYUACUGUCAGUCACUCGGCGGCGAUUUGGUAUCGAUCAAAUCASAGACAGAAAACAAUUUUAUCAAACAAGUGAUAUUAUUUCCCAGCUUUCGGAGCAGAGUGGAAAUGAAUGGAAACGAUGAUCCAAAUGAUUUAAGCGUAUUCGAAGGUGCAAUGGUCGCAUCUAUAGACAACGUAAAAGCCGUGAAAUUUGACGGAGUCGACGACUAUGCAAAAGUGAGUAAUGGUGGGGCCGUUUUUAAACAAGGCUUCACUAUCGCUUUGUGGACCAGAAUUCAAAACUCUGGAGCAAAUCUUUUGAACGAUGCUGGGGAAGGCAAAACCCUGUUYCUUAUGGUGGCAACMUCCAGGCGAUCACUUUCUUUUAAGUUAAAGACUGUGGAAAAGCAAGAGAUACGAGCUGUGACGCCUGAAAAUGUCUUUGAACUCGACAAAUGGACCCACAUUGCGGUCACGUGGAAUCAUACUGCAAAAGAACUGAGGAUUUUCAUCAAUUCUCAGUUAAAAGCAWCAACARUAUCAAUCAUGGAAAACAUUGAAUUAUUUUACACUGGACGCCUAAACUACACUGCUGGAAAAAAUGGUCGCUUUCUCCUUCAUGGUUGGAUGAGGGAAUUGUGUGUAUUUGAGCGAGCACUUUCUACAUCUCAGAUUCAGAAAUUAGCAGAUGGUUUGCUAUCUGAAGCAUGGAUUGGAAUGAAUGACAUUGACAGCGAAGGCUUGUUCAAGUGGUCUGACACACAGACGAUCACUUUUUUCAUCAACCCUGAGGGAAACAACAACAGGAAAGACUGCGUUCAGUUAAAAAAAUCGAGUAAUUUUGAGAAGAAAUGGGAUAUGAAAGAAUGCAAUGCUUCUCAACCAUUUAUCUGCGAGAAAAGUGCUUUAUAGUUGAAAGGCUUKGGCACUGAAUAAACCGGCAUUAUGAAAAUGGCCGAACUAUAGAAUUAGGGACUGCGCAAUAUUUAUCAGAAGGGGGGUUGAGAAUCCAGAAAGGGGGGGGCAACAUCUAACUUAAUGCGCUUAAAGAGGGAGGGCCAACGUCUAAAAUUAACUAACUAGAACUUUAAUUGGAAACUGAAAAAUCAACGGUGUCAGCAAUUCGAAAGCUUCUCGAGAAUAGAGUGGCAUGAUUUGCGACAACUCUUUAUUCACGAAUAAUAGAAAAAAAAUCUGAAACUAGUUCGUAAUUUCUGCAAAGAAAAAAAAUGUAACUUAAAAUGACUUAGUGUUUCGUAGUGUAGUCAGCCCUAGUGUACGUUUUGUAUAGUAAUUUAUGUGGGUAUUAGAGUGUUGUAA